AAUUCCGAGCCAGUUGACACAUGUAUAUAUCUAGGGAUGUUGUUGUUGUUUUGGGGGCAGGUGAUCACCUGUUUGGUGCUGUGGAUGAUCAAAUCGGCCAACGUAUCAACACCACCAGCUGAUGGCAGGAUGGACACAAGUUCACUGAACGAUCGACUGGAAUAUUUUGAGAUCAUCAAAAUUGAUCGAAGAAUUGUAAAGCGAGGCACUGAUCCUGCCAAAUUGGAACGAAUAAUUUUUAGGGCUUUCAAUCGUUUGUUCGACUUGCGCCUGACCCCAAAAAAGGGCAUCCUUCAUGUGAACUUCCGAUGUCGUGAAAUUGAUGCGUAUGGAAUCGAAACUUCGUGUACCGUUGAUCCUGAUGAACAUUUCGAGGGCCAUGUUCAUGGCGCCAACGAUUCGACCGUGUCUCUGACGUUUGGCGACGAAGGAUCGUUGCUUGGCAGUGUACGCGUGGAUGGCGAAACAUAUCUUUUCGAGCCUGCAAAAAUUCAUUUUGCAAGCGCUGGUCAACAGCAAAUUUUGGCAUAUCGAAGUUCGGAUUUGAAGCUGAACAACGGGCCAUUUUGCUCGGCGAUCAGUCUAGGAAACAGUUUCGGCUCUUCACAACUGAAGAUACGGCACAAACGAUCGUCACUGUUACCAGUUCAAAAAAAUCGCUUUUGUCCGUGGAUAAUACCAUAG